CUCUAAUUAACCUCUCGUAUAUAGAUUCUUUACUCCCAGUCACAGAAAGCAAUAACACCUACGACGGAAUAUUUGAAACCUUCAAAAUAAAGGCCAUUCAAGUAGAAGUUGCUGGGACUGCUUCUCAAGAAUAAAUUCACUUACUUCCUCUUCGCAACCAAAGACUUCGCGCUAUGCAUAUAAGAUGUUGUUUCGGCCUCAUGUUCAUGGCCAGCAGAGGCUAUGCACAUAUGGCCAUGACUGACCCGCCCCCAAUCAAAGCCAAAGGAAACCCAAACACCUCACCUGAGAAGGCCGACUACAGCUACACAACCCCAUUAUCCCCAAGCGGCUCUGACUUUCCUUGCAAGGGCUAUUUGAGCCUCGUAGGCACCCCAGAGGCGACGCCCGUCGACACAUGGACUGCCGGCGAUAGCUACUCUGCUACGAUCUCUGGCCACGCUGUGCACUCAGGAGGAUCAUGCCAAAUCAGCCCCUCGGUAGACGGUGGCAGUUCUUUUAAGGUUCUCCGCAGCUUCAUCGGCAGCUGCCCGAGUGGCGAUGCUACUCAACUCAAUUUCAGACUGCCUGGCGACACGCCGUCUUCUGAACAUGCGAUUCUCGCCUGGACGUGGUUCAAUAAUCUUGGCAAUCGGGAGAUGUACAUGAAUUGCGCCGUUAUCAGCAGUGCAGGCGGGGUUGGAGGAGCCUAUGGCGAGAGUUUUAACAAGAGACCGGAAAUAUUCAAGGCGAACGUGGGCAAUGGAUGCAGGACGGCGGAUUCGAGAGAUGUCAUGAUUCCGAACCCGGGGCCGGAUGUGGAAGUUAACAAUUCCGAUGCUGUACCGCCGAUUGUCAUUUGUAUAUGUCUAUGUUUGGACUUUUGGACAAUCGGCUUUCUUGAGGGCCUGGCUUUAUUAAGACGUUGAGUCACCUACGCGUCAGCGUUGCUGCUAGUAAGUUGGGAAAUCAAGAAAAAAAGGAGAUUUUACAACCAAAAGAUUGCGACUUGAUCACUGACUAAGGUAGCCCAAAUUAUUAAGAUGCAUAUAUCUUAUCACUAUUGGGAACCAAAAAAGAAAUUAGCAAAAGAUUGAGG